AUGUGUUACUCCACGCGAGAACCGUAAAGUCUACUUGUACAACGCACCACCUGCACCAUCAGUUCCCCACGGUCCUCCACCAUACAUCCCUGAGCCAACCAUUGAUACGAAUAUCGUGUUCAUCCAAACACCCGAAGAAGGUCCAGGACCAGAACCUAUCGUCAUACCUCCACCACAGACGCGAAGCGUUGUGUAUGUUCUUAACAAGCAGACACCAGAACAACAGGAUGUGAUCGAAGUCCCAGUACCACCAGCAACCAGUCCUGAAGUUUACUUCGUGAACUACGCUGACGGCGAGAACCCAGUUCUUCCAAGUGGCGUUGAUCUUCAGACUGCCUUGAAUGCAGCUUCCCAAGGAGGCGGUCAAGUGAUUGGAGGAGGCGCCGGCGGCAGCGGUGGCGGCUUCGGCGGCAGUGGAGGAAGCGGUGGUUUUGUAAACAGCGGAGGCGUUGGUGGUGGUUUUGGAGGCAGUGGAGGAAGCGGUGGAUUUGGAAGCAGUGGAAGCGGUGGUGGUUUUGGAGGCAAUGGAGGAGGCAGUGGAGUUGGAGGUGGAGUUGGAGGUGGAGUUGGAGGUGGGGUUGGAGGCAGUGGAGGAAGCGGUGGUUUUGGAGGCAGUGGAAGUGGUGGAUUUGGAGGCAGUGUUAUCAGUGGAGGAUUCGGAGGCGAUGGGGAUAGUGGGGAAAUCGUCGUCAGUGGAGGUGGCGGUGGUUUCAGCAGUGGAGGUACCCUCUCGAGUCGUUACUCUACACCAUAAUGACGAUGCCAAGUUGAGAUUUUGUAAAUAUUCUUAAAAGUAAAUGUUUUUAACCAUUCAUUUUGUUAAAGCAAAUGUUUAUUAUUUUAAUAAAAUAAUAGUGUAUAUGA